AUGUUGGGUAUCAGGACUCGGAAUGAAAUCUCAAACGGCUGGAAAUGGCGAUUGGCCGACGCCAAUGGUAACUCCCAGGCAGAGGGAUUACCAGAGCUCAAAGAAUGGCAUGCCGUACAGGCCUUUCCAUCUGUCAUACACUCCGAACUGUUGGCGAACGACAUCAUACCGGACUUCAGGUCCGGCGAGAAUGAACGUUUGAUACAGUGGGUUGGCCACGCCGAUUGGGCAUACUCGACGUCUUUCUCGACGCCUAAAGAUCUCGAUAGCGACUCGUCCGUCGACAUGGUGUUUGAGGGUUUGGACACUUUCGCGACAGUAACGCUUAAUGGGAAGGUUAUUCUUCAGAGUGACAAUAUGUUCUUACCGCAGCGCGUGGAUGUCAAAAAGAUAUUGAACCCUUCAGGACAAGACAACGAGAUCUCAAUCGUCUUUGAGAGCACCGUGAAGAAGGGUGAUGGGCUGGAUAGUAGGUUUGGUCAGCGAAAGAGUAACAUGAUGCGUGGCAACAGAAGAAUGCAUAUCCGCAAGGCGCAGUAUCACUGGGGCUGGGACUGGGGUCCUGUGGUUCUGACCGCAGGCCCUUACCUCCCCAUAUAUCUCGACACUUACCAUGCACGAGUGGAUAACUGCCACAUUAUAUCUGACCUCUCGCCUGACCACUCGUCCGCUGAAAUAUCGGUUGAUAUCAACGUCGCAGGCGAGGGUUCAGAGACAGUGGAUGUGAGAUUGUUGGAUGCAGAUGGCAGUGAAGUUGGAAGUACAACCGCCACUCUCAGCCCUUUGAAGGCCACAAAGACGAAAUUGUUGCUCACAUCACCCCGUCUCUGGUGGCCGAAUGGCCAAGGCCAUCCAUAUCUGUAUACCGUCAAAAUUUCUCUGCUAGGCCCUGAUGGGGAUGUUCUCGAUUCGUCAAGUCAAAGAUUCGGGGUCCGCAAAAUCGAGAUUGUUCAACGACCCUUAGACAAUGCACCGGGCAAAACAUUCUUCUUCAGGGUCAACGGACGAGACAUCUUCAGCCAAGGAGGUAAUUGGAUACCUGCAGAUAACCUCUUACCAACCAUUACCCGAGAACGAUAUUUCGACUGGAUCCGUCUGGCAAAAUUCAAUCAUCUCAACAUGAUCCGAGUCUGGGGUGGAGGUAUAUACGAAACAGAAGACUUUCUCGAUGCCUGUGAUGAGUAUGGUAUGCUUGUCUGGCAUGAUUAUGCCUUUGCUUGCGGGGACUAUCCGAUCCAUCAAGAAUAUCUUGAUAGCAUCAAAGCCGAAGCCGAAGCUCAAACAAUUCGCCUACGAAACAGGGCAUGCAUGGCCCUUCUCUGCGGAGGCAAUGAAGACUUCAUGCUGUGUGACUGGCUGGGACCUAAAUUCGACUUCGCGGACUUGACUGGCCCGUUCGAGGACAAGCCUUUUCCACAACGCAAGAUAUAUCUGCAGGUUUUGCCAGAAGUGGCGUCUAGGCUCGCUCCUAAUAUUGUGUACUGGGCUAACUCACCCUGGGGAGCUGGCGAGCAACCUUCAAGUGAUCUGACCGUCGGCGACGUACAUCAGUGGCAUGUGUGGCAUGUGAACCAAGAGCCAUAUCAGAAGUACAAGGGCCUCUCUGGUCGGUUUGUGUCAGAAUUUGGUAUGCAUGGCUUCCCCAUCAUGCGCACGGUGGAUGUAUUCACAAGUCCCAAUCGUCCGCAAGACCGUCAUCCGCAGUCAAGGGCAAUCGAUUGCCACAACAAAGGUCAUGGCGCAGAAACCCGCAUCGCCCGAUAUCUGGCAGAGAACUUUCGUUAUGACAACACGAGGUUGGAGAACUUUGCCUAUUGUACCCAGCUGCUGCAGAGUGAAGCGUAUGGCUAUGCACUUCGGGAUUGGAAGCGCAAGUUUGGAGGCAAGGGAAAAGAAGAGUGUGCCGGUGCCCUCAUCUGGCAGCUGAACGAUGUUUACCCAGUAACAAGCUGGGCUUAUGUGGACUAUUAUUUGCGCCCCAAACCCGCAUUUUACACGAUUCGCCGGUCGUUUGCACCGAUCAGUGUCGGGAUUGAGAGAAGUCCCACAUCGCGGUGCAUCAAUGAAAACAAGCCUCGCGACUCUGAGAUACCUAGCUUUAGCAUUUUUGCACAUAACACCACCGCGAAGGAUGUCAAAGCUAUUCUUGUGCUGCGAGCAUAUGAUUUCCAUAUUGGUGCCUGGACGGAUCUCCAAGGAGUCGAUGCUGAAAGGGAGGUGACCCUGACGGCUGGUUAUAACACCGAGCUAGGCAAGCUAACGGCACCCUCUUCAUGGACCGAGGAGAGCUUGAUCAUCCUGGCCGCGACGCUGCUGGACAUGACGACCAAAGAACCUCUGGCGAGGAUUGUCGACUGGCCUGAGCCAUUCCGUUAUCUCACUUGGCCGCUGGAUACGAGAGUGAAUAUUUCGGUGGCAAAAAUCGAAGGUCUCUCAAGCACAGGUGACCAAAGUGAAAGUAUCUCAUAUCACGACGUUGUCCGAGUCACAACGAACCAUCCGAUCAAAGGAUUGUGGUUGGAGCCCGUGUACGAUGCGAAGGAGACCGAAGAUGAACCCGAACCAUUAUGGAAUGAUAACAUGUUCGAUUUACUCCCGGGAGAGGAGAUCUCGGUCUAUGUAAAGGGGCUGAGAGGUCGGCAGAUCAAUGCUAGAUUUUUGGGAGAUUGGGAAGUGGGAACGUCAAAGCCUCGACUGUAG